AUGGCAGACGCAGCGCACCACCACGCCCCUCCCGUGGCCUACCCCGGGGUUCCCAGCGCCAAUCCCAUGGCGCAGACGGGGACGGAGUUCUUCCUGUCGAAUUACCGGCUUGGCAAGACUCUAGGGAUCGGUUCUUUUGGCAAGGUCAAGGUGGCUGAGCACAUCCUGACGGGACACAAGGUCGCCAUCAAGAUCCUCAACAGGAAGAAGAUCCGGCAGAUGGACAUGGAGGACAAAGUUCGGCGAGAGAUCAAGAUCCUGCGCCUCUUCAUGCACCCCCACAUCAUUCGCCUGUACGAGGUGAUCGAGACCGCGCAUGACAUCUACGUGGUCAUGGAGUAUGUCAAGUCUGGGGAGCUCUUCGACUACAUCGUGGAGAAGGGGCGGCUGAUGGAGGACGAGGCGCGACGCUUCUUCCAGCAGAUCGUGUCUGGGGUGGAGUACUGCCACCGCAACAUGGUGGUCCACCGCGACCUGAAGCCCGAGAACCUGCUGCUGGACUCGCGCAUGAACGUGAAGAUCGCGGACUUUGGGCUGAGCAACGUCAUGCGCGACGGCCACUUCCUCAAGACCUCCUGCGGCUCGCCCAACUACGCCGCGCCGGAGGUCAUCUCCGGCAGGCUCUACGCGGGUCCAGAGGUGGACGUGUGGAGCUGCGGCGUCAUCCUCUACGCCCUCCUCUGCGGCUCCCUGCCCUUUGACGACGAGAACAUCCCAAACCUGUUCAAGAAGAUUAAGGGCGGCAUCUACACGCUGCCCAGCCACCUGUCCCCGGGCGCGCGCGACCUGAUCCCGCGCAUGCUGCUGGUGGAGCCCCUGAAGCGCAUCACCAUCCCCGAGAUCAGGCAGCACCCCUGGUUCUCGGUGCACCUCCCGCGCUACCUGGCUGUCAUGCACACCGACCCCGUGGCCUCGGCCGCCGCGCUGGACGAGGAGGUGGUGGGCGAGGUGGCGCGCCUCGGCUUCUCCCCCUCCUUCCUGGCCGCCAGCGUGCAGCGGCGCGAGCAGAACAAGGCGACGUGGCGCCUGGGCUGGAGCUGCCGCGCACGCCCCGCCACCGCCGUGGCGGAGCUAUGCCGUGCGCUGGCGGCCGCGGGCGUGGCCUGGAAGAAGCUGGCGCCCUACUCAUACAAGUGCCGGGUGGCGCUGGCUCCCGCACCGACCAUGGAGGGCCCGGCCCCUUCCCGCUCCGACAGCGUGUCGGACGGCGUUGCCAUGGAGGCCUCCGGCAUGAUGUGCGGGGAGGAGGUGGAGAUGGAGGGCGAGGAGGAGAGCAGCGUGCGCCCGGGGGAGCGCGCGCCUGGCGACGGCGAGGACGGCGACGGCGCGCAGGCCAUGGACACCUCCAUCGCCGCGGGCGGCGGUGGGGAGGGGGGCCGGCACGUCGCCGCGCCACGCGAUGCGCCGACGGGCGGCGAGCGGGAGGUCAAGUUCGAGGUGCAGAUGUACAAGGCGCGGGACGGCGACUACGUCCUGGACUUCCAGCGGCUGAGCGGCGACCUGUUCCUCUUCAUGGACGUCUGCAGCUCCGUGCUCUUCUCGCUCAGGAUCUGA